AUGCCGCCGGAGCUGCAGCUGCUGCACAACAGCGCGUCGCUGCAGCACCUGCACGCGCACGCGCACCCGCACGGCCACGCGCACCCGCACGGCCACGCGCACCACCACGUGCCGGUGCACUCGGCCACGCUGGCCCAGAUGCCCGUGCACGCGGCCGCGCUCGCGCAGCUGCCCACGCACUCGGCCACGCUGGGCCAGGUGCACGCGCACUCGGCCACGCUGGGCCAGGUGCACUCGGCCACGCUGGGCCAGGUGCACGCGGCCACGCUGGGCCCCGUGCACUCGGCGCUGGCCCCGCUGUGCCACCACCACGCGCACGGCCGGGGCACGCUCGCGUACCGCGUGCCGCACUAG